AUGAGUGACGAAUGGACAGACGUGCCUUUGCAAUUGACGAACAGCUAUCUCCCUCAAAGCUAUGACCUCAGUUUGAAAAUUGACCAUGCAAAGCCCAAUUUCCAGGGCCAGCUCCGCAUUCCGCUUGCCCAGAAUAGAUCAUACACUGGCGAUUCAGACUCUGCGUUUUCCUUCUCGUUGCAUGCCCAUAAAUUAGUCAUCACAAGUGCUGCUUUGACCACCAACGACAAUGAGGACGAGAAAUUGAAAAUAUCCUAUGAUCGUGCGCAUCAGCGAGCUGUCUUCAGCAGCGAAAAAGUGCUUUCGGGCUCGCAGCUCUCCAUCUCGUUUGUGGGUCUGAUUACUUCAAUCAAGACUUUCCACGACGAGACUUAUGGCCUCUUUAAAACCAACUACUCUGACUCUGUGACUGGCAGAUCAGACAACCAUGUCAUUGCCACGCACACACAGCCAUUUGGGUGCCGGAUGAUUUUCCCCGUGGUUGACGAGUUAAUCAGCAAAGUGCCCAUCACUCUUUCUGUGACGGCAAAGUCACUGUUCAAGGUCGUAUCCAAUGCGCCUCUUGACUCGGUAAAUGUGGUUGACAUGACUGAGUAUUCUGUGUUCAAGUUCAAACAGACUCCUCCUAUUGCACCUUCUGUUUUUGGCUUUGUUGUCGGCGAUCUUGAAAAGGUUGAAUCCUCGGGCAGCCCGGUUCCUGUGCGGGCUUUUGUCACGAAAGGAGACCUGUCGUAUGCCCUGUAUGCUUUGAAAAUAGCGACCCGUUUGCUCCCCGUAUUUGAGAAUGUGCUUGGUGUCAAGUACCCAAUGGAGAAACUUGACAUUGUCACGCUACCUUUCCUCAGCGAUGCUGUAAUGGAAAACUGGGGGAUGAUUACUGCUAUCAAGGAUACUGUUUACUUGGACGAAUCUAGUGCACCCGCAGAAGCCAAAGCUCAUGUCAGGCAAUUGAUUGCGCAUCAAUUGACUCAUCAGUGGAUUGGAAAUUUGAUUUCUGUUGACGAAUGGAAAUACACCUGGCUAAUCGAGGCCUUCGCGACGUUCGUGGGAAACUACGUGUUAUCAAUUGCUGCCAUUGAAGUGUCCGACAAAUCUGACUAUGACUCGUCGAAACUGGCGGCGCUUCAGGAUUUCAUGGAUGCGGACUGCUUCAUCAACCAGCUGAUCCCCAGCUUUCAUGAACAUAUGAACCUGUUGAAAGUGAAUCAAAGCUCGAAGACAAGCACGAUUUUUGAAAGAAACUUUUAUGAUAAAGGCAUGAUUCUUCUCAACAUGAUCGCAAGCUUGUUCAAGCUUGAAAGCACCGAGCAAGACUUCUCUAGUUUCUUCAAGGCCUUUGCACAUGUGCUAAUGAAAUUCGAGCACAAAACAGUGAAGCCUUUUGAAUUCUGGAAUGUGUUGAACGAACACACGUCUUAUGAGCUAUUGACUUUCAUUCACUCGUGGACCCGCUAUACCGGAUACCCUUACCUCAAGGUCAAACUUGUCACCAACAAGAUUGUGGUCGAACAAAACAGAUUUCUCUUUAACGAAAACGCGGAGGACUUACAGCUCGAAAACAACCCCUAUCAUGUGCCUUUGGCAUUGAAAGUCAAGUCCGAUAAUGGUCAAGUUAGAGUGGCGAACUUGAUGCUAACUGACAGAUCCAUGGAAUUGGACAUUCCUCCUGCUCAAUUUUUGUCAUUGAAUGCCGAUAAUCAAUUCUAUUACAAGACCAUCUAUGCUCCUGAGCUUCAAGAAGUCAUCUUGGAAAACGUCUUGUCUAACUCCUACUCAUCCUUGGAUUUGGUUGGAAUGAUCAAAGAUUACGGGAAAGUUUUGGGCCAACCUCUUCCUAAACAAGACGCGGCAUUGUUUGCGGAGAAUCAACUUAGCUUUUUGAUGAGACUUUGUGAUCAAUUAGCAAACGAGUCCCUGAACACUGACUUCGAAGUGCUCAAAUGCGCUUUAGGCUACAUUGAAAUCAUCAACGCAAUAUUCGUUCACUUCACAGAAUACACCAAGUUCCAAAAGUGGCUCGAUGCGCUUGCAGUAAAGCUAUUCAAAAAGAUAGCUUUCUGGGAAGACUCAGUUUUGUCUUUGGAAUCGGGCGAGUACAACAAGGUCGAAUUCGAAGUGAGAAACAUUGUGCUUCAGCUUGCAAUCAGGAACAAAGAAGCGCAAAAUAUAUGCCGCAAGCUCUAUAAGAACCUUAUGAGUUCAGGUGUUACACAAAAAUUCGUGCCAAAGGAAUUGUAUUCGCUGGUUUUCAAUGUCACCAUGGCCACUGCCAAUAUGACUGAAUACAAGCAGAUACUCUCCUUGGUCAAGAAUGGAGACGUAUCAUUUUUGAAACACACCAACGGCACUGCCAGCGAGAUCCAGACAGCUGCAGUAUCCUCAUUGUCUUUCUGUCAAAAGAAGGAUCUAUUAAGCAAAACCUUACAUUUCGUCAACAACAACAUUGACUCAAAGAUGAUUGAGUUGGCGUUGAUCGGGUUUAAGUACAAGCCCGAGGCAGAAUUCAAGCUGAUAAUCUGGACUUGGUAUAAAACAAACUACGACGGAUGGGUUAAACGGUCGUUGAGAAAAGGGUCUGAUUGGUCGAAGCAGAUUGGCAUCACUGUUAGCAACAUCACCCGCUUGGUCUUGGGUGAGGUCAUGCAAUACAAACGGGAAGAGGCUCUUCGGUUUGUGAGUGAGAAAUGCAAGAGCUUGCCUCCACAUCAACUUCAGGAAAAGUUCCUGGAAGUAGAGGCCGAAAACGACGAGAAAGUGCGCAUUGCAGAGUACUACGACAAAAUAAUGUAA